AUGAGUGCUCUGGUGACUGACAAAACGACGCGGAACCUUCUGCUUUUCUUGGCUCUGAACUUGUCCUUCGCCUUUGUGGAGCUUUCUUAUGGCGUCUGGACCGACAGCCUUGGACUCAUAUCGGACGCAUUCCACAUGUUUUUCGACUGCACGGCACUCUUGGGAGGUCUGGUCGCUGCGGUGAUCACCAAGUGGGAUGCCAAUGCGCAAUUCUCUUAUGGGUACGUCCGCGCAGAAGUUCUAGCGGGAUUCGUCAAUGGCCUCUUUCUUCUAUUCAUCGCUUUCUUCAUUUUGUCCGAAUCAAUUGAGAGAGUCGUCGACCCACCGGAAGUAAAGCACGAACGACUACUCCUGAUCUCAGCCUUGGGCCUGCUCGUCAAUAUAGUUGGCCUCGUCUGCUUCCACACGGGUCAACACUCGCAUCAAGCUGCCACAGUUUAUGGCAACAAACUGUCCAGCAUGGUGAAUAAGACGUAG